GCUGAAAAUGACAUUCUCUGAGCGGAGCCUCCUUAUUCCCUUUUCUUGUUCCAGUGUUUUCCAGCGCCAGCAGCUAUGGAGAGCUCAGUGUGGAGCUGGAGCUGCAGCCGGCAGCAGCAGCAGUGAGCUAGCAGGUGCUGAAUGAGUGAACGGCCUCGGGAUGUGGGGCUGGGAGCGGCGGUUACUGCGGAGUGCACCGAGCAGCCAAUGCAGUAAGUGGCAAGCCGGGUUUUAACUGAGUUACUGAAAGCGGGUGGACCCACCAGGGGAGGAGUUACACCCUGUCACUGCUGUCCUUCUGCUGUCCGUGACUUGGAAAUGAGUGAGGCAGUUUCUGCAAAUAAAGACUGAUCUUUUCAGUUGCAGAGAAACUUUCCCCAGACGGGUCAGCCGCUUUUUGUUUUAAAUCUGUAUAUGUUUUCUUUAGUUAGUUGGGACAGAUUGUUUGGAGAUGGAAUCCGGCUUGUAGGAAUGAUGAACAUUUAGGAUGUGCAUCAUCAAAGUGUCCUGCUGUAUUUUGGAGCUACCGCAGUCAUUAGUUUCUGGGAAGAAACACUGGCUCGUCCUCCAGUUUGAAAGUUGUCUGCACUCUGGUUGUGACAUUGAAAGAAUGUGACAGAUUAUGCAGAAACAGAUGGGCUCAUUUGGACUGUAAACCUAGACUUUCAGGAUGGUAGCAGUGAUGAGAGAGGCUGAUGCAGAAAGUCCAAAGCAAUGGAGAAUGCCACACCUGAACCAAUGUACGUUGACGUGGACAAAGGAUUGACAUUGGCCUGCUUUGUUCUCCUGUGCCUCUUCCUGAUUAUGAUGAUUAUCCGCUGUGCCAAAGUGAUCAUGGAUCCAUACAGUGCCAUCCCCACAUCAACCUGGGAGGAGCAACAUCUGGAUGACUGAACGAAAUGCAAGCACAGGGGCAUGUUUAAAAGAUUCCUCAUGCUGCCACGAGAUAAAGAUGCCCAACUGACAUGUCUGCUUGUGCAAACAGCACUCAUUACAAAUACUGAACUUAGUUGUCAAAUCUCGUGAACGUCUUUACUGGAAGUUGCAUGUGUAUAAGUGCCUCAGCAAAGAUUAUGUUUGUCUUAAAUGACCUUUUAUGUUUAUAUCAUACAGUUGCACUGGUUCAAUAGAACUGUAUAUCUUACACAUAUCAACAGUAGUCUUAGGGUAGCAUAGGAUAAAUAUGAAUCAAUUAUCUGCUAUUAGAUAUAAAGGCAUAUGACAAUGUCUCAGCCUUUGCCUGCUAAAUCCUAUGUCUUAAAUCCCUAAUUCUCUCUAAGCAAUAUAUAAAUGGUAUCAGUUUGAAAGGCAUUGUGAAAAUAUCUGUUUUCUGAAAAUUGUUUACAAUUGCUGGUGCUUUCCUUGACCUGUAACCUUGCGAUCUCUCAUUACAGCUUCAAUCGCUAAUGUCCUUUAAAAACAACUUAUGGUUUGUGUUUACACCAGACGAGUUUUUGAUUGACAUGUCUGCUUCAUUCCACAGAGUGGCACCCAGUGUUUUCUCACAGUUUGGCUCCGUUAAAUCAACCGGUGAUGGUACGAUUAUCAUUUGUUUGCACCCUGGACCAAAACACAUCAACUGAGAGUAAUACGCUGUGUAUCAAUUGUCAGUUAUGCAUCCUCAGUCUUAAUGUCAUGUCUACAAGGUUUCUGCCUCCUGACCCCAAUAGCAGCUUAUAGCAACUGUAAGGAAGAGGAGCUAAUGGCCAUAUCCAUAUAGAACAAACUUAAAAAUAAAG